GCACCAAAACGUACUUCAUUCUCGACUCACGCGUAAUUCAGAAAUUAUUUUGUCCCGUUUUCGUUGGAUUCAUUGCAUGUGUCAGUCGUGUCAACGGCACUUUGAGAUUUUCGUGUGCCUCUGUGACUCAUCCCACACUCUCGCAGUGUCUCUCGACAGCAACCAACACAUUCAGCGAAUGUUGUUGUGUUUCUCGUGACAGGCUUCGCAUGUAUCGCGGUUUGCUUAUCCAGUUGCCACUCAAAUAGUGAAUAGUUUGGUUCGCUCUGUUAAUGCAGUUGAGUUGCUUUUGCAGAGAGCAGAGUUCACAUAACUCACAUCACAACCAAGGAACAGUAUUGUCAUCGUUUGCUGCAAUCCAAAAUAUAAAACAAGACCAAAAUGGCUCUAUAUCCAAGUUUGGAAGAUAUGAUGGUUGAUAACAUGGCUCACGCCCAGAUCAAGGCCUACAAUGAGCAAGUCCAGCAACCCAUCAUGUCAGCACCACCACCAGAAUUGGCAGGCUAUGCAACAGCCCCAAAUGCCAUCACAUAUCCAUCCCUUCAUGAAUACAUGGGAUUGGAGUUAUCCCCAGCUGUGAUUGCAGCCAAUAUGCCAGAGUAUGCUGUUGCACUACCAACUAAUAACUCUGCCGCAACUCCUGGCAAUAUGGUUGCGCCCUUAUCGGGCUCUUCAGUAGGUCUUCGUCGUGCGCAAUGCACAAAUGGCGUACGCCAAUUGAUUCUUUGCAAGGGCGCUGAUCAAAAAGUGGGCCUGCGAGUGAAACCAAUCGACAACGGUGUCUUUGUCUGUCUGGUUGUGGAUGGAUCUCCUGCAGCCAAAGCUGGCCUCCGGUUUGGAGACCAGGUGUUACAGAUCAAUGGCGAACAGGUUGCCGGCUAUUCUAUGGAGAAGGUGCACGCUUUGCUUAAACGCUCACCGGUCAACGGCAUCUCUGUAGUGAUCCGCGACCGCCCCUUCGAGCGCAACAUUACCCUGCACAAGGACAGCGCUGGUCAAGUUGGCUGCCAGUUCAAAAACGGUCGCAUCACAAAUAUCGUCAAAGAUUCGAGUGCGGCACGCAACGGCCUACUCAUUAAUCAACAGUUACUUGAGAUUCAAGGCGUUAACGUUGUGGGUCUGAAGGAUAAGGAGCUUUCGAAAAUGAUUGCCGAUGGAGGCGACGUCAUUACGUUUACUAUUAUUCCCAGCUUUAUUUACGAUCAUAUGGUUAAGAAGAUGUCUGGAUCUCUUCUGAAGAAUAUGAUGGAUCACUCAGUCCUUAAUAUUUAGAUUAACGAAGCGGCCAUAUUGAAGGAAAUAACGUCACAUAUAUCUAAUCCACAAAUCCUAUAUUAACCGCAAAUAUUCCCCUAAAAACGUAUUAUUCCCAAAUUAUCCCUCGGCCAUUAUUUAUUCGCAGAUUAUUUAGGGCGAAACCAAAUGAUUCAUUUAUAGACUUAAAUAUUUUUAUAGUAAUCGACAUUUAAUAAUAAUCAAAAAAGGUACCAAAUAUUGCACAAAACACAAAACUAUACUUAAUUUUAUCACUUUGACUGUUUUGAAAUCACACAAGCUCAAUUUUCAAUUGCAUCACAAAGUAUCUGAAAACUUUAUAAUUUCACACAGUUUGUUGUUUUUCGCUAAACUAUUUGCACUAAUUACUUGUUUUUCAUGGUAUUCCUGUGUUAGAUAUGUUAGUUAUAGUUAAUUAUAGGUAUACUCAUGUUACAUGUUAUUAUUGAUAAGUUUGACUGUUGCAAAUUCAAUGCAAACUUUUUUUUGUUAUUCUUCAUGCUAUGACAAUGACUAUACCAGAUUAUACAUAAACACAUACUAUUCAUUUUGCAUAUGUGUAAAACGUAAACUUUGUAAACAGUUAUGUAUGCCAUAGAAGUUAUAUUUAAAAAAAUCUUUUUUAAAUCCACAA